GUAAACACAUUCUGCCGCCUCAACGUAACACGGAGCAUGAAUUUAGAAAACAGCACGCACAAUGAGAAUCGGUAUUAUGCAAAGAUUGGAUCUAUUCAGCAAAGUAUGCACGAAAGGGAAAAGCGGAGGCUGGAGUUGGAGAGGGAGCUGUUUGCCUACUCCCUAUCUGAUACAAGAAUCUCACAGAUAAAGUGUGCCAAACUGCGCAGCUAUCUCAAAGAAAUCUGUGAGAGGGAAAAGCGUGCAAAAACGAGAAACCUUGAGCUUCUGAGAGAUGUGAAGUGCAUAGAAAUGAGCUUGAAGGAAUAUGGACCUUCCCGUGCCACUCUACAACAACAAAAGGCUGAACACUUGGAUCGCAUUUCCAAUUUCAUGGCUGGAAGGAAAAAGAAAGAACAAAAGUCAAAUGAGCAAAAGGUUGAUUCUGCACACACACUAAACAAGCGAUACCCUGACGCUCAGGUCACCGAAGACCUCGACCGCGUCCCACCGGGGACGUCGGCGGGACCCCUCCAGAGCUGCUCUGGCGGCGCCAAAGCUGUCGCCGCACGUGCGCCCUCACACCGAGCCUCAGCAUCCUCAGCAGCGGCGGCGGCGGCGGCGGCGGCGGCGGCGGCGGCGGUGCAUCACUCCCCCACUACACACGCACCCUCCCCCCAACGCCCCCCGAGUGGCCUUUUGAACGACCAUAGAGUCUGCCGAGAGGCUGCCACCGUCGGACCGGCAAAUUUAUCAGAUGACAUUUAUCAGGGCAACGGAGUUCACCCCGACGGCUGUGAUCCAAGUGUCAGGCGUGAAAGGCCGGCGCCCGCGUCCGGCCGCAGCGUGACUAGCGAGGCUGCCGGUGGUGGGGAUGAGCAUUCACCGUCGCCGCCGGCAACCGCCACGCGACCUCAACCGAGUGCUUUACUCGCCGGUGACCUCAGCCCCGUUUGGUACAAGAAUCCCCCCGCAGACGCUGUCGCCCUUCAAUCCCCGGUCUUGGAGGAGAAAGACGUGACCCAUUCAGUGGCCCACGCAUUCACCGGAGAGGAAUGGCAGGAAGUACCAGGUGAAGGCGAGGGGAACCUGAGCGUGGCCAGCUCUAGCGUGUUGUCGGUGAGCAGCGCCAGCGACCUGUCCAUCUCGCUGACCGAGUCGGAGCCAGAGGACGAACUGGCCGACGACGGGGGCUACCUCCACGACCGGGGGUCCAUGGCCAGCCCCUCCCCCGCCAGGCGUAGCUCUUCCCCUGUAGCUCCUCCACGAUCGUCCACGCCCGCAUCGCGGUCGGACGCAGAUUCACGACCUACAGAUCGCACCGCAGAAAGACUCACCCAUGAAGGACUCUAUUAUCUGCUGGAGAGCAUCGAAGGACGCCUGCGGGACUUCCACGCCGAUGCCUACCUGGCCUCUUUGAUUGAGGACGGCAAACUCAACGCAAUCAUCAGCCUCUGUAACAGGGGAGCGCUGAGUGUGAGCGAUGCAGACCUGGAAGAAUGCAGCGCGGUGGUCCUACGCGAGCUCCAGAGGUUGUGCUGGAGCACGGAGAGGGGCUGCCUGCUGCCCUGGGAGCUGGUGGGGGGCCAGAGGGGCAGCCCCCAGCCGCAGGACAUCAGCUCAGGCCUCCCCCCUGACGGCGCUGGCCUGUGGGAUCGCUGGUUCAAGCACGCCCUUCUGCUGAAGGAGCGCCGCGUCACCGGCACCGAGCGCCUGCUGCAGCUCUUCACGCCGCUGCUGCUGCCGCGCCAUGCCACCUACGGCCACCAGGCCAAAGUGCUGCUGAGGACACUUCUGUCCCGGUCCAGAGAGGAGUGUGCCAAGGAGGAAGAGCAGCAGCCGCAGCAGGAGUCUUCGUCGCAUAGUCGGAAACUGGAGGAAGCACCGACGUCCAGACCGCCACAAAACCCGGGAGCACAAGCACUACAAAGUGGAGGAGAGGACAGCCAGGACGAAAGCCCCGUUGAAAGUAUUCCUAUUAGAGAGACGAGAGCAUAUCAGCUGCUUAAACAAUCCGCCGCGCAGAAGUGGCUGCCGGCUUCUGGAGAGGUGGAGGAUGAGGAGGAGGAGGAGGAGGGAGAGGGAGAGGACAAUGCACUUCCAGGAACAAACGACGGCGGUGAAGAGGACCCAGGGUGGGCAAAGCACUCGUCACAUCAAGACCCUUACCCCUGGAAAAAGAUUAACAACACCAAACCUGGACUAUCAAAAGCGGUCUGGGGAAAUUCUGACGACAGCAACUCAGACAUCGAAGUGGCGCUGCGUCCUCCAGCCUUCAACGCCAAGAACAACGACGACGACGACGACUCAGAUGACUUCUUUGACUGACGACUGGCCCGGCGUGUAGCUCCUCCACCUGUGCAUACAUGCUUCAUGCAUGCUGUGCGUUCCAUCCUGAAGCACUCCCUUCUCACUGUAAAGCAGACACCCGUUUCCAUGUAACGGGUGUUUCAUGGAAACGGGUUUAAAAAAGGAUUCCAUUGUGAAUCCUUUGCAGUGUAUUGUGAAAAAAAAAGAAGACCACUGAUAAAGUUGAUGGCUCUCACGCCUGCUAAAGUGUGCACAAGAGUUGUCCAGUGCUUUGAUGUUAACCCUGCUUCAGUCUCUUUAUCUGAACAACUCUUGCGGGGCUCACAAUAACAGCUUGAAAUAGAUUUAACAGAUCUUUUAAAGCGAUUUGUUUGCACCGGGCUGAACGUCAGGCAUUGUGAACGCCGCGAGCAUCUCCGAGUGCGCCCGGGCUCUGGCGUGCUCGAGUAUAGUGAUGUGAGUCACCUGUAAAAAAAAAUGACAAAGCACAAUGGCCACUCUGGAGGCUAGCGGGCGACCCGUUAGCCCGCCGCUGAAGAGCCCCUCUAUCUCCUAGGGCAACACGCACCAAAAUAUAAAAAAAAAAAUUAAGUAUUCUGCCAUUCUCGCCAACUCGUAACGGAGCCAGCAGCAAAUUCUAACCCCUGAGGAUAUUUUUGGGGGGAUUUUCUUCAGCAUGUGUCUCCUCGUCCGGCAGGAAGUGAUGGAAAAGGAACGUUUUCUGACACAGUGCACGGUGUGAACAUGUGGCUUCCUUGUCUCUACACAGCACAAAAAAAAUGUGUGACAAACUAUUUGAUGUAUUUAGAUUUGAAGUAUUUACACACCACCGCGGCUGUAACCGUCACACGGUGAGUAGGGGACGGGCCAUAUCGAAUGUCUAUCCUCUUUUGCGUCGUUGCACAUUACAUGCCCAUUAAUUAGCCAAACUUCCUGUGUAGGCGGACACGGUCUGAAGUUUACAUUUACAGUUCAUUAUCUCUGCGCGCAAGCAGCCCCUAGCGUCCCGGCGUGUGUCAGCAGCAGCCCAUUAGUUAGCUCUACAGGUGACUUCACAUACCUGAACCUUCUAAAGUAGGCCUCCACACUCAUUACCAGUAAUGGCACCGGCAGCCACCACUGACGCACACCACCAAAUAACAUGCACCAAAAAACUAAAACCCAGCAAAGGACUGGGGUAGAAUACAUUUUGGUGUUAGCUAAAAGGCUCCCCUAGCAUAAUACCCAUGUUAAGGAGCGUGUCAACAGACACUUGUGUGUGUGUGUGUGUGUGUGUGUGUGUGUGUGUGUGUAUGUGCGGACGUAUAUGAAGAUAAUUCCUAAUGCUCUUAUGUUUAACAACACAAUAAACAUUUUUUAAAGAACCACACAGACAUUAUGAUGUGGUAUUCUGCUUUCGCAGACCUGUUAUGUAGGCACAAAAAUAUAAAAUAUAUCUGCGACGGUGACAUCACACAAUACCAUGCGACAAUAACAAACCCAGUGACAUCUCCUGUUCGUGACAUCAGAAUACAACCCUGUGGACAUGUGUAGGAAGGAAAGGAUUUAUAUCAGUAUGUAAAUUGCCUGAACAAUGGCAACCCUAGCCAGCACCACUUCUGAUUCACAUUCAAACUGUGUAUUUUGUUUUGGUGUAGAAUGAGCUAUCUUGUUGUAGAUAGGUGGACCCUAUCAGGGUCCACUGCUAGUUUAUCAAUGUACCCUGCUAUCAUUCAGCUUGCAAAACAGCCUGAGCUGUCUAUCCCAUGAUAUUUUUGAUACUAUUGCUAAAGAUCUCAUUGUAUACAUUUCUGAGGUCACAUUGAAUAUUGGUGCAUAUUAGGUUUUUUUGCAUUCAAUAUAAAACUGAAGUAAUUUUUCAAUGACCAGUGUACGAUCACACUAUUUUGAUGUACAUUUGUAGGACCUUCUCCCUCAUCAUUCCAUGCACUAUACCUGCAGAUCACACACAUUCAAACCGUCUCAAUUGUACAACGCCAUAUCCUCUCAAACUAAAGAACGGAAAUUCACUUAUAACUUCAAAAUUCAAUGGACACCGAAAAUUGUCACUUUUUUCCUCUAAGAAAUUGAGCUGACAUUUUAAACACUUAAGCAUUCCGGUUUAAUAUGUCUCUUUGAACUCAAAUUUUUCAUUGAAUAUGAACCUUCCGAGUACAAGGCGUGUAAAGUUAUCUGACCUUAGGACCACUUUCUGAUACCUUGAAUACCAAAAUGUUUAUUCUUUCAUUAUUAAGUGCAAUAGUAGCAGACACUUAUGAAUAUGAAAAGCGACAUUAUUAAAAUAAGAGGAUGCUAACAAAUUGUGAAAAUAGAUGAGAGCAAUUUUCUGUUGUUAUCAUUGGCUCUUUGUAUCUAUUAACGCAACUCAAGGCUCUUUGUCUGUCUUCCUUUGUCAGCAAACUGGUCAUUACAAAGAAACUCAGAGUUGCUCAUGAUCAAAGAGGUAGUUUCCAUUUUUUUAUUUUUACAUUCUGAAAUGUGUUAUGUUUUCUCUCCAUGCAUAUAUAGAAAGAAAGAGACAAAAGCAUUGCGACGUCUGUAAUUACCUUUCGGCUGGAUGAAAUAAACCCUUUCUGAUUGUUACAGAGAAGGGACCCGCCAGACACAAUUAUUAGAUGUUAUUUUAUUCAGAGAUGCCCUACUAAGUUUUAAUGUAUUACAUUAAAACAUUGGGAUCCGGUAUCACACACUGGCUUGAUUAGCCAGUGAAACCUAGACCUACCCUAGAUCUCCACAGUUAUCCAGCCUCUUUAACCUGUGUUAACUAGCCAUUGGUUACUGGAGGUGUGUGUAGCCAGUCAUGUUAUAUUUAUGUGCGUUAGCAUAGCAUUGCAUUCAGCCUUCAACAGCCGCCAAAGAAUGCCUUCCACAGUGUAGGCGGUAGCAGACACACACAAUGAUCAUGUCCAUUGGUAAUACAACUAUGUAGGAAUAGUUCUCAUCUUUGACUUUGAGUAAGGUUUGUCAGAAUAUGUUUUGUUAAAGUGGUUGCUGCAGCUGAAGACAUAAUGGCAUACCAGGCAUUACAUUCCAGCCUUUCAAAAUCAUACAACAGUGAGAAAUGUUAUCAUUACAAUGGGAUGCUAUUACAAUAGUUGACACUUGAACUCAAGACUAUUAACAAAUAAACCGCAUAUAAGUUCCCACGUCUCUACCUCAACUUUUGGUCCUCAUUACUGCCAGACAACACCAACCGACUGACUUCCAUUGACAAGCUUGCAGUUUAAACAAGCUGUAUAGUACAAUAGUCAGAAUUUAUAAGAGGUACAUUAUCUAAGUUAAGAAUUUGAAGUGAAUUUGGUUCUCGGUACGCAAAAGCAUGUUGUAAGCUAUUUAUAAAUGUUUUGUUGCGUGCUCUGUUGUGUCUUGGUGCGGAGUGAGUGCAUACAAGGGGGAAAAAGCUUUCUAGCCCAAUGAAGACUUUAGACACAUACUACCACAUUAUCACAUUCAGGGGGGUCAAGGGAGAACUAUAUUGAUACUUUUUUUAUUAAAUUAUAUUAAACUGAAGAACUUAAUUUUCCGAUAGGUUCUUUGUAUGCAUGCUACAAAGUAGAUGUUAAAAGCCUUGUGCCGUUUCUGAAUCUGGUUUCAAAUGUGGUGCAAGGUCCACUAAGUGGUUUGAAAACGUUUCACUUACCCAAAUGCCUUAUAGGAGUGGAGUAGUAUGACAGAAGUUUGGACCAAAGUUGUUAUGGCACGAUUUGUUUGGAAUGGGAGUCAUCUUAAUUCCCGAUGGAAUCUAAUGGCACCUCUGUGUACCUGAUAAUUAACUUUGUUUGAGGACCUUGGACACAAAUUAGUAUUACAUUUUACUCCCCACUGCCAUAAUUUACGGCUGAACCUUCAAAACCCAAUCCUAGUUAAACAAUGCCGAAUUGCGAUUUUCUAUUUCUGUCAUUACCCAGUGGCCAAGGUUAUGGAAUAGAGUGAUAUAAAUACUUUUGCUUUGGGUUGCUUUAAUUAAGCACUAAUUGUUUCUUUAUUGGGUGUUAUGUGUGUCAGCGUCGGGACCUUUGACCUCUCCCCCUUUCAGGUUGUGAAAUGAAAGAAAAAAAGAAAUAUGCCUCAUUUCAAUGUUUCUUUAUUUUUACAUCAGCUAUCAAGUAUUUAGGAUUGGUUAUGGGUAGUGCAUGUGAAUGUUUGAGUGUGUGCGUGAGUGUUUAUGUGUGUGGGUUUAUGUGUUUGCCUGCCUGCCUGCACGCGUGCGCCUGUUUGUGUGUGUGCGUGCGUGUGUGUAUAUUUGUGUGUGUGUGUGUUUUUGUGCAUUGUGGUUGGCUAAUCCUCAAGUGAAAAAAAACGCAUUAAAAAAACAAAUUAUGUUGCACAACUGUAGCCCCAGUCUGUACCCUAACAAUUGGCUAGAUGUGCAGACUUCCUACCCUGCCUGCACACAUUGAGAUCAUGUCAAUGGGAUGCUAUCUACAUCCCAACCUUACAACGUGGUGUCAUUUGAAAGCUUUUAGCAACCCCUUUUAGCUUGUGCCGUUUCAGGGCGAAUAGAAGAAUUCUGAGGUUGAGCCUUUUGUUGUUUUUUUCAGAAUAAUUUCAACAUUAUCUGUAAAAGGCAGUCGGCAGAUGAAAGCAAACUGUAAAGGUAAACGCAAUCAUAAACAACCAUAUGGUUUUGG